AUGCAUGGAAAGAAAGACCAAGCGUUGACAGUGCUCAAUAAACUCCGACCAGCUGAGGACGUUGAAAACGGCACGACCGUACUCGAAGUUGAGGCGAUCGAGCAAGCUGUGGUCCUCUGCGAGGAGCAAGAUAUGGGGCGAUGGAUCGAUAUUUUUCGAGGAACAUACCUCAGGCGGACUGUAAUUGGCGGCUUCCUUGGAGCAUUCUGUCAAAUUACCGGAGGACAGUUUAUCAACACAUACGGACCAACCUUUUACAAGGACUUUGGCUUGGGCGACAAAGCCUUCACGUACGCCCUUAUUACCACGGUCUUGAUCCUCGUCACACAAUCCAUAGCGUUGUAUGGAUACGACAGACUGGGACGACGCCCGAUCAUGAUACUCGGCAGCAUCAUCCAAGUGCCUCUCAUGAUCGUGGUCGCUGCCUGCGGCUCGGCGAAGCAUCCAAGCGGUGCCAAGAUCAAUGCCGUCGUGGACAGUUGCAUCAUGUUCGCAUCUUUCCAACGCAUGGCCACUGAAUCGCCGACGUACAUUAUCGGCUCCGAGAUUGGUGGUGUGAAGCUGCGUAGAAAGAUCAUGACGUGGUGUAUCGUGUGGAAUGUCUUGGGGGCAUUCGCUACAACUUUUUCGGUACCGUACCUGCUGAAUGCCCCUUAUGCCAACCUUCAUGCCAAGGUUGGAUGGAUCUUCGCCGGGAUCUCUUUGGCCAGCUUCGUCUUUGUGGUCUUUUUCGUCCCGGAAUUCAAAGGCCGAAGCCUAGAAGAGAUUGACGAGCUGUUCGAGAAGAAACUCAAGGCCUGGCAGUUUGCCAAAGCGGAGACGUCAGGGAUCGGAGCUCAGAUUGCGAUGUUGGAGGGCGCCACGAAACACCAUGCUGCAAAGCUUGAUGAAGAGGCGAUGGAGGUCACUGGACCUAAGGCUGAACCUUCACACGUGGAAAACAUUGCCGACAAGAUCGAAAGACUGUGA